AUGGCUUCGGACUCUACCUCACCUACUGCUACCAAAACAUGCUCGUCAAACGGACUCCGCACGAAGCGAGCAUCUUUAGCAUGCCAGAAUUGUCGACAGCACAAGGUCAAGUGCUCGUUGGCUCAGACUGGAGCUCCGUGCCAGCGAUGCCGACGAGUUAACGCAGAAUGCACAGCUCAUCUAUCCAAGAGAAGCCGGGAAUAUCGACAACGAGCAAUGAGUCUGGCUCAGCUUCCCGCACCACGACCGCUACUUUUGCCUCGAGGGGUUUCCACAGCGCCAACUUCUGAUACCCAGAGUUACGAGAGUAUCGUGGCGAACAACCUGUCGACUGCAAUUCAACAGGACGCUCAGAAUUCACCGACAUCUCGCAUCCAGGACUCGCAGGAUGGAAUCGACCUGACACCACAUUCUUCCAUCCAAUUUCAAUCAACAUACACGCGAAAUUCGGACGGCUGUGUCGACCCAACAGAGAGUCCAGAACUUCCAUCAUAUAUCAGUCCCACCAAACAUAUCUUUGACGUCGAAGAAAUUGCAUAUUUGAAAAGCCGUGGAGCCUUGUCAGUCCCACUUCCCGAUCUUCGAGACCAGCUACUUCUGGCAUUCUUUCUCUACGUCCAUCCAUUUCUUCCUGUGGUUGAUUUUCAAGACGUUUGCGAUUCGGUAGAAGGCCGGCCGGGAUGUCAAAUCAGCCUUUUGCUCUUCCAGGCCAUCAUGUUUGCAGGGACUGCGUUCGUUGACCUACAACUUCUUCUGGACGCAGGAUUUGAAAAUCGACUGGCAGCACGAGCGUACUUCUUUCGAAAAAUAAAGCUCCUCUAUGAUUUCGAGUACGAGUCUGAUCGGGUUGUGAUGAUACAAGCGACUCUGCUGCACGCAUGGUGGUGGGAGUCGACCAACGACCAGCAAGACCCUUGGUACUGGCUAGGUAUCAUACUUACUCUCGCCACAGGUAUGGGUCUAAACCAUGCCGAGGGAUACGCCUCGAUAGACGAAAAGACCUGUCGACUAUGGAGACGACUUUGGUGGACGAUCGUGAGUCGCGAUCGGCUUACUGCCAUCACAACCCGCAAACCUCUCCGUAUUCCAGACGAAGACCUGAACCUCGAACCUCUAAAGUUCCAAGAUUUUGACACCAAGCCUCUAGAUACGCGGAUCCCUGCGCUUCGAAACUGUCCCCUGGCGACGGACUGCGUGAGCAAAGUCAUGCUGGCUGACAUGUUCAUGUCCAAAUUACAGCUGUUGUUGAUCAUAGGCCGGGCUAUUGUGUCGUCUUAUGCCUUGCAACGGUUCGCGGUGUCGACAUCCGAAUGGGCCAUUUACUACAAACCCAAGAGGAAAUGCGACCUCGAUCUGACCAUGUUCAAUCAGAUACGCGACGAACUUGACCAUUGGUCUAGUACGCGCAAUAGCUAUUGUCGGAUCAAGUACCAUGAAGACAACGGCAGCGACGACAUGUCACGAACCAACCUCCGCAUUCACGCAGCAUCACUAGAACUGCUACACAUGAUGGCGGUGGAGAUUCUGAACCGACCAUUAACGUCGCCUCGACAGGGAAGAUGCAAGGAUGAUCAAGACAGACUACAAGACGGCAUUACCUCGACGGCGAUCGCCACCGUCAGCAGAGCCAUGUCCGAAAUGUCCGGUCUACUACAAAAACUCCGAGAACAGGACCUAUUGUGUAAGAUUCCACCAGUGUCAGUAAGUUUCAUCAUGACGGCGAUGGCCUCGCUAUUUGUAGACAUCAGGAUGGCACGAAAACAGCCCAACGAUUUGCCCAACCACCAGUAUCACGAGUGUAUCCGGUCACUGCUGGCUAUUCGAGGAAUUUGGCCCAUCACAAGCGGUGCAUGCACUAUGAUCAAGGCAAUGGAAUCCAACUCUCAGAUCUGGUAUGCGAGAAACCUGAAAAUGCUGGCUGAGCCAGUCAACCGGACUGCGGAUGAGCGUUUUCAAGAAGCUCAUAGAGAUGACGACGACGACCGCAUGUCCACUACAGCCUCGUCUGAAGAUGGGUAUCAACAGGGACGACGUCUCCAGAAACAGCAACAGCAUCAGCAGAAUAAUCAGCCUGGACAGGAUAUUUCUCAACAUACUUCUACUCUCGAAGGAUCUAUGGAAAUCGGACCAGGAAACUCGCAGCCGCAGUGUACGACGACGACGACGACAACGACGGCCACAACUCUGGCGGUGGGUGAUAAUAACACCUACGGUGAAAACAUGGACCUCGACACAGCCGCCGCCGCAGCAGCUUGUUUUGAAUCGCUAUAUCCUUUCCCUCUGUUAUCAGCAGACUUUGACCUUCUCGACACCAAUCAAUGUCCUGAGCUCUUCCUGGGCUACAGUGACGGACCGUUUGAAGGGGGCAUGGGGCUAGGCAACGAGGCCGCAGGUAGUAUUUGGCCUUCAUCACCUGGGGUUACUAGUGCUGUAGGGCUAACGACGUCGAACGGGCGAAGCUGGACUUGA